UUAAUUGGUCCUUUUGAGCCCGCACAGCUGUAACUCACCCAAGUGUGAACUAUUAGGAAAAGAGGCUGAAGAAUCGGCCUGAUUGUAUCAAUAUAUCUGAGUGAAAUUUAGCCACAAUUUAAUUACAGAAAUAAUGAAAUCCUAACUUAGCCUGAAACGACAACCUCUGUAUCAGGAAAAGGCAAGCAAUAUAGCAGAUAAAGACAAAACCAAUCAUGGAAGUCAUUAUGCUGUGUUUGGGUGUGUGCCACAGUGACACCCCCGGUGAGGAAUGGAAUAUUCUGACACGCCCCCUCUGCGGCGACAGUGCAGAUAUAAAUACUGCGUACCUCUCCCGGUAGCAACCUUAUUGCAACAAAGUCGUCAACUAUUGAUUUCAAGAUGGCAAAAGUCUACGCCUGUGUGAUAUUGCUGUUGGGAUUGGUGGCAGCGGUGCACUCCAUCCCAAAGAAGUGCUGCUUUCCCGUGAUGCAAAGCUGGAUGACCGAUAUUGUUGCUGGAAUAGUCUUCAAGAAUAACCAAAUCUUUACGGAGACCGCCACCUACGGCCGGGAUACCCUUAACGGCCUGCAGGGCUCAUCAAAAUUCUUCACCGACGUCAGGACUGGGGUGGUGUCGACCGUCCGCAAAGUCCAGAAAUACGAACCAGGGGUGAACGGUACUUUCAAAACUUGGAUGAUCUACGACGAGAAGACAUGCACUAUUCAAUUGAAACCCUCGGCUAUUCAAAAUUGUGUGCCCGGUAAGAAAGCUUGUUUCACUCCAUUUUUAUCGCGUUGACACGCCCACGUAUCAGCGGUACCGAGUAACGGCAGUAACGCUUAGUGAAAACAAGAGGCCGGGCUUUCUUUCUUCGCUUGAGGCUUCACCACGCUAGGAACUUAGGCCCUUUUUCCAUACUCAGCUUCGUCUCCGUCUCAGGCUUCGUGUAGGAAACCAAUCCUCGA